CUCCGCGGGGCUCUGUAGGACGGCGGCGGCCCGCACACCCGCCAUGGAUCUGCUGCUGCUGGGGAACACCAGCCUGGGCUCCCCCAACGGGUCCCUGGCGCUGCUGCCCCCCUCGUCGCCGUCCUCCGCCGCCCUCCUGCAGCCUCCUUCCCCCUACUCGCCUGCUGCCGUGGCCAGCCUGGCGGCCCUGGUUGGCUUCAUCAUCGUCUUCACUAUCGUGGGCAACGUGCUGGUGGUGAUCGCCGUGCUCACCAGCCGGGCUCUGAGAGCCCCCCAGAACCUCUUCCUGGUAUCGCUGGCCAGCGCAGACAUCCUGGUGGCUACUCUGGUCAUGCCUUUCUCCUUGGCCAACGAGCUGAUGAACUACUGGUACUUCGGCAAAGUGUGGUGCAACAUCUACCUGGCGCUGGACGUGCUCUUCUGCACCUCCUCCAUCGUCCACCUGUGCGCCAUCAGCCUCGACAGGUAUUGGUCUGUCACGCAGGCAGUGGAGUAUAACCUCAAGCGGACUCCUCAGCGGAUCAAGGCCAUCAUUGUCACCGUCUGGCUCAUUUCUGCUGUCAUCUCCUUUCCGCCGUUGAUCUCCAUGUACCGGGACCCUGAAGGGGAUGUCUUUCCCCAGUGCAAGCUCAAUGAUGAGACAUGGUACAUUCUUUCUUCUUGCAUUGUCUCUUUCUUUGCGCCUUGCCUCAUCAUGGUGUUGGUCUAUAUCCGUAUCUACCGCGUGGCCAAGCUAAGGACCAGGACUCUCUCUGAGAAGCGUACGAUGCCAGAGGGGUCCUCCCAGACUGAGAAUGGCUUGAGCCGCGCUGCUGGGGGCUGCACAUCCCUGAGGAUGCAGCUGGGAGAGAACGGACAUUAUUCAGUGCACCACUGGCGCAAAGCCUCUGAGCUGGAGGACAUUGAACUGGAGGAGAGCAGCACCUCAGAGAGCAGACGGAGGCGGAGCCGGGAGGAGCAUCCUCGCAAAAGCAGCAAGAGCCAGUCCUUCUCCUACUCAUAUUCCUCCAAGCACUCCAGUAGCCGUCUUUCCCGCUCUAGCAAUCGCUCCAUGGAAUUCUUCUCAUAUCGCCGUCGUCGGAAGCGUAGCAGUAUCUGCCGUAAGAAAGUCACCCAGGCCCGGGAGAAACGCUUUACCUUUGUGCUGGCCGUGGUCAUGGGGGUCUUUGUAGUUUGCUGGUUUCCUUUUUUCUUCAGCUACAGCCUCUAUGGUAUUUGCCGGGAGGCAUGUGAGGUCCCUAAGACUCUCUUCAAGUUCUUCUUCUGGAUUGGGUAUUGCAAUAGCUCCCUCAACCCAGUCAUCUACACCAUCUUCAACCAGGACUUCCGCAGGUCCUUUAAACACAUUCUCUUUAAGAAGAAGAAGAAGAACUUUAGGCAUUGAGCUGGAGGGAUAAGAGGGAUGGAUUUGCCUUGAGCAGACGUGAAGUUAAAAGGGAAGGAAAAGGCUCUGUGCUGGAAAGGAAGGGAGGGGAGAGAACAUGGGGUUGGGGCACAGAGAGAAGGAAGAGGGCUCUCCCCCUUGGAGGUGCAGAGUGUUGUGAGAAAUGGGGAUGGUAUCAGGGAGGCUGAGCAUGUUCAUUGCGGUGCAGAAACUUGGCAACUUGGUGCUGAAGGAGCUGUUCUGGGGUGCGGAUGGGUAAACUGGAAAGGGUGGAAUUGUCUUUGAACCCUGAUGGAGGACACAGGGAGUCCACAGAGGAAAUUGGGUAAGACACUGAAAUGGAGAGGCCCGGAGCUUAUAGGGGCUCUGCAGUUUUGUGGGAAAACAAGCAGAGACAGCAAGAGGAUAAGAUUAAGUGGCAGUUGUGGUGGAAUAAUGGAUCUGAGUAUUAACAGAGCAGUUGGGGCCAUUGAUGGGCUUGUCCCAGUAAGAAACUGGCUAUUACUGCUUAUUUGGGGAAAAGUGCUAGGCACCAGGCGCUGGCAGUCUUCUGAAUUAUGAAAGGAUUUAAAUGUUUGCCAAAAAAAAAAAACCCUAAAGAACAAUCCAAACUCUUUUCUAAAUAAACCUUUGUACUGUUAAAACCUUCUGAAUGAUGAUUUUACACAGGGCUUAUAAAGCAUGGGGUAUUCUUUCUCUUUGGAGGGGUUUUUGCAUAUAGAGCUGGAUGGGAAAUGUUUUUCCUGUCCUCCUGUAAAAUUUGUCAGUGGGACAAACCUGGGAGUUUUGCAUGUUUUCACAAAAUAUAAAGAGCACAUACACACAAUGACCUUAUUUCCCCCUGCUGGAGUUCCAGGCAGUAAAUUCCUGCUUCAUCGCUCUCAGAUCAGUGGCAUAAGAACCUCGCUGUCCUGGAGCAGGUGGCUCUUUUAAGACAAGGAUUCAGUUAUAAACCAGUUUCCGUUAAAACAAAAUCAUUUUGCUGAACCGAACUAAAAUUUUUCUGAAGUCAGUUUUCUAACUAGCUCAACUUAAAUGUACUGUGGCAAACCUUCUCCCCAUCCUUGUAGGUCCCCCGCAAAAGGCUUAUCUCAGGGCUAGAUGGAUGCUGCUCUUAUCCUCAGACAGGCAGUCAGAGGCACUCUGCUAUGCAGAUUUUCAGAAGAGCAAUCACCAUACCACUGAGGUCUUUAAAUCCUUCGUAUUUGCAGACUUAGAGCAACUAAAUCCUUUCUAUUUAUUUUCUUUAAUGAGAAGCAUACGUUACAGGUUGUCAGUGGUUUGUGUGAACAAAUCUCAAAUGAAGGUGCCAUUGUUCCAAACCUUUAAUAUUAAUACUGCCUUCUUUCCCUUUUCCUGUUUGCAUUUCUAGUUCAUGAUUUCAGAGCAUUUUGCUAGGGGCAGGGGGGAGAAGAAGCAUUUGGAUAGUUACUAAAGCAAGCUGUAUUUCCCAUGGAUUUAUGACAUAUAAAAUGUCAUACACUGUAAUGAAGAGAAGGAGAGACAGGGGCUGGUGUCUGUGUAUUCCUCACUGAAUGCAUACUGAGUGUAAGGCUCAGCUGAACAUUUACAUCCCUUCUCCAGCUGUGCUGCUGCAAUAUGUGUAUUCUGUUUGCAGGGGUAAAUACUGCUCCAUUUUGUUAUGUGUAUCACUCCUUCCAUAGGCAGUAGGAUUUGGCAUCUGCCUCAAAUGAAGCUUACCAUAGUAAACAGCUCUUUGAAAAAAAUAGAAUGAAGUAUACAGCGGGCUGCUUGAAACAGCUAAAUCAAAUCUAUACCUGGAAAUCAUUAGGUAUGCCCUUCUUUACUCCCUCUAUUCUGUCUGAAAAGUGUUUGUACCCUCUCUUCUUUUGAAAUCUCUACAUCAGAAGAAGAAAUGAUAGAGCAGUCAGUUUGUUUCAUCAGUUUUUCAUUCAGUUCACUUAACCCUGGAAAAGCAAGUUGGCGGUGGUUACUAUUCUGGUGUUAAUUCAAUAAGCAAUUUAACUUCAGGGCCAUCUCAAGUGGGAGGGAGUUCUGCCUAAGUAAGGAUUAGAUGAUUGCACUAAAUGUGUUUAAAGUUUGCUUGAUUUCAUUAAAGAAGCAACGGAGACGUUUUCAGUGUCUUAAAUCCAUAACUUAGUGGGUCCUUUCUUGAAAUAAGGCUUGAAGUUGUAAAAAGAUUUGAAGUUUGUUUAAACAUUUGCAUUUAAAGAAGGCACGUUAAGACAUUUUCAGGAGCAUCCCUAUGUAAAUUACAAACGUUUUGGUACAAGUGUGUACCUGAGACAGACAAAUAUAAGAAAAAGUUGCAACAGACCAAGAGGAGGAAACUACAAGCCAUUUUCUCUUGUGUAAAAUGGAGAAUUCUUUUUAAAAUGACAUCAAGAAGAGCUGAGCAAGAGCAGAUAGUUUCUAGGUUAUCAUGUAGCUAAAAAGUUCAAGUUCAUUUUAUAUGAAUAAACUAUAUAAUUGCCAGAGCAACCAAAGCAACAUACGGUAUAUAGCUACUACCUCUGAGCUACUGGGUGGUUUCAUUAGAGAUACCCAUUCCUACCAAGAUAAGGGUCUGGUUUUGUCACCUAAUGUUCAUUUAGAUUGGAUUCCCAGUCUGCAGAAACACAGCAGUUUCACUGUUGCACUGUUUUUGAAGUAAGAUUUGUUGUCUACAAGCGCAAUCCUUCCCCUUUGUUUUCAUAAAAUUCAAGGAGUCUCUGGAAAUGAAAUUUAACUGACAGGUUUAAAGUGGAGGUGAAAUAUGUAUGGAAUGGCUGAUGUGCCUUAAAAGUAAUUUCUUUGCUAUAAAAUUAUUCUGUAAUCGUCAUAUAAUGCUUCUAUUUUUGUUUUGCAUUUUAAAAUGCCUAAAAAGGGAUUGAUGCAGAUACUGAACAUCUAUGUACAGCAGCAUAUUAAAACCAGGACAUUCUCUGUGAUUUUAAUUUCUCAUCACAGUUACUCAUCUGUUUCAGUGUCUCAAGAGGAUUUUAUUUCUUCUGAGCUAGGUAAAAAGUAAUAUUCAUCAAUAAAGUUGUGCAGUAUACACCCCUUUUAAGUGCAUUUCCCUCUAAAUUAGUGAAUACAGAGGAUUUCUAUAAAUAUUGUUUUUAAUGUAACUACUGAAUAUGCUUCAAGGAAGUAAAAUGGGGCUGAUUUAUUUUUUUAAUUAGUGUUCUGUUAUUACUUGUAAUAGCUGAAGACUGGAAUUUGUAACGUUGUGUGUUGUUAACAUUCCAUAAAAAGUUAUCAGCUCUGCAGCUUGCACUGUGGCUGUACUUCCACUCUAAGUUGGCUAAUGGCAUGUCAAGGAAAAAUGCAGCCAAUGAAGCUUUUGCUUAAGAAAAAGGGAGAAGAUAUGUUUCAAAUGUAUUCAUUUGUAUCUUUGGUUACAUCUGAUGAGCUGGUGGAAACACUCUUUUUCUCUACUAUUGUGGAAGAAAAAAAUAUUACUAUAAAGCCAUAUUGAUUUUAACACGCA